UUUAACGCGGCCGGUUUCGGGUUGCUCAAGCGUUCCCUGAACGGUUAGAUUCAUCCUUAAGGUUCUUAUCGUUCUUUGGUCUCCGCCGUUUGGAGAUAUAUAUGUUUAAGUCGGCGUCACGAUUCCGUUCCUUGUUGACUACAUUUGAGCGUGGAUCUUAUGAGGCAAACCCAUUUAAUGCUAUCCUUCGUGAUUUUCCUUUCAAUUUCUGUUUUCCCUUGAAAUUUUGUUUCAUCUUAAAUUAUGAACUCUUAUUGCAAGUUUUUCAGAGUAUUGAUGGCUAAUAAUAAUUUAAAUCUUCAUCCCAAAAAAACCACAAAAUUAAGAGCAUGAUUAUUGCGGGUUUCUUAGCGUGGGGUUCUUAACGAAAUAUAAGAAACCGUCUCUUAACUUUUAACUAAAAAAACUAAGAAUCGGUUCUUAAACCGGCUUGGAUGCUAGAAGGAGAGGCGGAGCUGGCGAUGGUUUUGGUAGAUGCUGUGGCGAUGAGUCAGCAAGGUGAUGAUGAUAAGAUGUAAGAAAAGUAAUUGUCUUGCUUGGUGAGGUCAGAGUUUGGUUCAAGUCAGUGUGGGAUUAUUAUUAUAGAUCAGUGCUGCUUUCUUUUAAGAAAUUGUAGAGAUUGAAGUUUUGUAUAAAACAUAAUCCAAAUAAGUUUGUAUAAAUAGUUACAAAAAUUGAUCGUAAGUAAUAAUAAGAGUUCUUCAUAAUCAUUUUAUAACUAAAUACUCAACUAAUGAUAUGUUAACUAAUUAUUUUAUAAUAAAAAUGAUAAUAAAAGGAAAUUUUUACUCUGAGAAAAUGAAAAACUUAUAUAUUUUGGUUUCAGUUAUUUCAUAUCAAAAGUUUUAUUAUUAGUGUUAUAGUUAUUAAAAAUAUAUUUUCAAUUUUAAAAAUUCAUCUUUUUCAAAAAAUGUUGAUUUAUGUUAAUGCCAAAAAACUCAUCAACUUUAAAAGUCAUUUUAUACAUAUUGUUAGUCAACUAUAACUGUUGACUAAUGAUAGGGACUAAAAUGAUAUGUUCAACAAAUGUUUAUGAUUAAAAAGGCUUGUCAACAAAAGUUCAAUGUUUUUUGGUUCACCAAAAAGUUGGUGCUUUAUUUCAACCAAAUUUAAAAGUUGAGGAUUUAAAUGACAUUUUCCCAUAUAUAAACAUAAUAUUAUUAACCAUUAAAAAUAUAAGAUGAUACCAAAUUUUAUUUACAAAAUAUAAUAAACAUUUAAAAUUUUAUCGGGUAUUUUAAUUUUCAUCCACCAUAAAAUAAAUUAUUUUAUUAAUUUUUAAUACCAGAUAAGAACUUUGGUUAAAAUAAGAUAACAAAUAAUUAAAUAAAAUUAUUAUAAAAUUAAAUUUUUAGAUCUAAAAUGAAUAGAAGUACAAAACUUAUAAAAUAUUUUUAAUAACAAAAAUAAGAUGAUAGUCUAACAGUGUCAUAUGCAUAAAUUUUGGUUUCUUUAUAUUUAAUAAGGGAAUCUCAAUAUAGCUGUGAGACUGACAUCUAAACAUUAUACUAAAUGAUGUCAUUUUAAAAAUGCUUUGGAAUUAAUGUAUAAGAGACUGAAAGAAAAACCAAAAGAAUGAGUUGAUAAAAAAAUGUAAACCAUGUAAAAAUUAAUAGUGUUUAUCACAAAGUAAUAUAUUUCUUAUUAAAAAUUCUAAAAUAUAAAUCAUUUUAAAACGAAGGAAAUAUCAAAAAGCCUACUUAAUUUAAGAAUGGUGCACAAAAUGUUUAUAUUUUUAGCAGUUUAAACUUAGUAAAAUAUUUUUACUUUAGACUUUUUCUUUGUUCCUUAAUUUCCGUCGCCGAGAAAAUUUAUAAACUCUUUUCUCUUCUAUCCAAUGAGAAAAUCAAUUAAAAUUCUUCUGAGUUCCUAUAUAAACAUGCCAAUAUUAACACUUCAUUAUAAAAGUAAACCUUUACUUAAAAGUAAUAAACAAUCAAUAACAAUGAAAUUUUCAUAUUCCCUAUCCAAACGAUCUUUUCCUCCUAUUUUAGCUAUACAACUCCUCAUCAUACAUAGUGUUUCGUCAUUGAACCUUACCAAUGAGUAUCUCAACCACAAAUGCAUUCUUAAUCAAGGGAAAUAUAACUCUGGAAGUCAGUACGAGGACAACCUCAACUGGAUCUUCCGUGAAAUUCAUACAAGACUUUAUGCUAUUACCGGUUUCUCACACAUAAGUGUUGGAAAAACGACAACCGAUUUUGUUGUCGUCACUACCCAGUGUCGUGGUGACACUUAUGAGUCUAAUUGCCGUACAUGCCUUGACACAGCAAUUGCAGGGUUUCGUAAGAGAUGUCCAAGUAACAAAGGAGGAAUAAUAUGGUACAAUCAAUGUCUUCUCUAUAUUAGUACGAUCAAAGAAAAAAUUCCAAUCAAGACUAAUUACAAGAAUAUUUUUUCUAUGCACAACCCAAAUAACGUGAGAGGGGACGCAAAACUGUUUGCCAUGAGGGCGAUGGAUUUUUUGUCUGAGCUAAUACUUAAAGUCGAGAAAACCACCAAGUAUAGACUCAUAUUUUACGCUGCGGGGGAAAAGAAGCUCGGUAAAAAUAAAUUAUAUGCAAUGGUGCAAUGUUUAGAUCUAAGAAUAGAUUGUAAAAGAUGUUUGGCAUGGAGUAUCACAAAGCUUUUCAAGAACGGUGACAUUAAACAAGGAGCGAGAGUUUUGGGUACAGACUGUAAUGUAAGGUAUGAGCUAUACCCUUUUCUUAGGAGUUAAGCAUUUUUAAGUUAUGUUUACAUUUUUUUUCUGCUGAAAAUGUAAUAUCCAUAUAUAUCAAUAAAAGAUAGUUUACA